AUGACGACUACUACAAAAACCAUUGACGCAAUACAUGUAACGAAAAUGAACGCUCGAGAACAGGAAGAAAAUACCCGUCACCGACGAUUCCGGUGCAACGAGAAGUUGUUGCCGUUAUCCUCGAAGUGGUCACAAAAAAAUACGGCGACAUCUAGUUCACCUGCUGUGACGGCCGAUCGCUCCCCAGCAAGGUCCACGGCAUUUGCGAUCGCCUAUGGCCGGCUAGGAUUUCCACUGGCCACGGUUCAAGGGGUGGUGGACGGUCAACGAUUAAGGUGGCUGGUGCCACCCGAGUCGGUGGACUACGAUGUGUACCUGCCCGUACUGGCUGAUGGACUGCGCGAACGGCCCAAGCCGUACGGGGCGUGCGCAACGUUCGGCCUGUGGGAACUGCUGGCCGCGGACUGCCUGGGUGAUCGCGUGCUGUCCGCCGUUCCCCAGACCGUGUUACCGAUCCGCAAGGCUCUGGACGUAGGUCCACGUGACUGGCCGACUACGGUGCGCGCGCUCAAGUCCCUCCAGAAGCUGUCGUCGGCCGGCCGCAAAGGACUCGUGGGCCCAGCCCUGGUGCCCUAUUACCGACACCUGUUGUCACCCAUCAACAGAUACCAGGACACCAGUGUGAUCGCCACGGACGGCCUGGACGCCAACGUAACGUACAACCUGUCUGACCUGUGCCAUGACACGCUGUGCGUGCUAGAACGCACCGGCGGUAAGUUUGCGUACAGCAGCAUCAAGUCUAUCGUACCAACAUACCAGAACUGUAUUGCGGUGGUUGGAUCCUCGGACACGGGUAGUUUAAGUUCAAUAAAAAUAAAUAAACCAGUAAAACCCAUGCUGUUAAGAGUUCUAUACUAA